GUACAAGGAUAUAAAUAGGUUGGAGAAUGUCAAAGGGUAUCAUUCAAUUGUAAUAAUUAGUUACUAUUAGUUCUUUCCUUACAAAAUGGCAGCUAAAGUUAUUGCCCUUUUCUGUGUUCAAGCUCUACUCAUUCAGUCUGCAUUCAGCCAAUGCCUAAGCCGAACAGCAGUUGAUGCAUCAGGCAUUCCAUACAACACUGGCUUUGGAUACGAUGGAUUCUCCAGCUUCAAUGGUGGAUAUCCAGGAUGGGGUGGCCGAGGAUUGAUGAACGAAGGAUUCUACUCUCCAGCAAUGGAAUUCACUGCUACCAGUGGUGGUGCCUUACCAGUUACCAGUUCUUCGUCAAUGGCUCCUGUCGGGAUCUCAAUAGUUUCUGAUAAUGCGUUUGAAGGAGCUCUCUCUGUAGCUGGUCAGCUGCCUUUCGUAGGAACAACUGCUAUGGAAGGUGUACUGCCGACCAGUGGGGCUGGAGCUAUCAACCAUGGUUGCGGUAACGGAGUUAAUGCUAUGUCUGCUCUCAGCGCGACCUCAAGUCCCGCUUCAGUAGUGACUGACGCAUACCCUGGGGCUCUCGCAUACGAUGGACUGUAUACCAACCGCAUCGCCCCUGGAUUCGGAUCACCAGCUCUUGCAUACAACGAAGCAAUCUUACCAGGUCGAGUUUACAACGGUGUUGGUUACAAUUCUGCUGUAGAUACCAUGUACAGUCCAGCUGUAGAUGCUUUCGGAUACCCAUCUGCUGGUGACGCUCUUGAAUUCACCCCAACCAGUGGUGGGGCGCUACCAGUUUCUAGUGCAUCUGCGAUCCCUCCCACUGGCAUCGCAGUAGCUUCGGACAAUGCCUACGAGGGUGCUCUGGAAGUGAUUGGAGAGCUGCCGUUCGUGGGUACUGUCGCUAUGGAAGGAGUGGUGCCCUCUGCCGGUGCUGGUGCCGUCAACCAUGCCUGCGGUAAUGGCAGGACCGCCAUGGCCAGUGGCUCUGCUGCCUAUGCCCCGGGUGCUGCCUAUGCCCCGGCUGCAGUGUCUCCAUUUACUGCUUACGGCCCUGCUCCUGGUUUCGCUCCUGGUUUCUCAUACCCUGGUAGAUUUGGAUGUGGUUUGUAAGAGCCCACUCCAAAAUGUUAUUAUGUUUUUAAAAUUUGAGUUUUAUAUGUGUGUAAUAAAUUGGUUUUUUAAAUAUUA